ACGACACACAAAGAUGCGGAAGGUUCGAAUGGGUUUUGUACUACAAAGUACAUACAGAUGGCGAAGUAUAUCAGAUUUCCCGGGCACCGGGGAAAUAGAAACGCAGUGAACAGUUGUCGUGAUCAAUACUCUAUGACUGGUCCAUAGAGCCUGCAUAAAGAUUAACUGUCGGUGAAUGAAGUUCUCUACAGGUGCGAUUUGCGAGUAAUGCCCCUUCAACAAGAUUCACAGAUUAAAAGUCACGUGAUUCGAGUUAAAUGCUUAUAGACAGUUAAGGACUUUACAUGCAAUAUGAACUGCUACGUUUAUUUUCGCUUUUCCUUCGGCUUUGGAUAAAAUUAUUGUCAAGACAUCCACAUGAUCAGAAAGAAGAGAACUCAUUUUUUAGUCUACCGGGAUUUUUGUUUCUUUUUUUCUUCAAGAUGCCGUGGAAAUUACUGUCAAGUGUGAUACCUUUAUUUAUUGUCUGGGAUGUAAGCUUAAACUUUGCCAGCCCUACACACCAUGUAUUUCACUGGAAUCGAACUAAUCCACUAUUUAGCCACUCAAAUAGUGAGAUAAAUGUCAACCUUGAGGACAGUAUAGACUUCAGGUGCCCCCUUUAUCCCUCCAGCACAUCAUCUAGCCUAUAUGAAUACUACUUAGUCUACAUAGUAACAAUGACAGAAUACAACAACUGCAGAUUACGUACGCCAGUCAAUGCAACAUUGGUGCUCAAUUGCUCUACUCCAAAUAAUGAAAAUUAUUUCACAAUUCUGAUUCGCCGCUUCCAGUCAGUACCAGGGAUGAUUGAUUUCCCACCAGGAAAAUACUAUUUUAUGACAACCUCAACAGGAUAUGUUCAGGGUUUAGAUAACAAGAUAGAUGGGGCCUGCAAGUCAAACAAAAUGAAGCUGGCAAUGACAGUCUCCCCGCCGGGGUCCCAGACCCCCUCCCCCUCUCAGGCUCCACAGAACAGCAGUGAUGCUGUCAAAACCACUACCAGCUCUACCACAACCACAACUACCACUCCUAAACCGGUGACUCCAUCUCCAUCACCUACCACUACCACAACCAUCGCCACAACACAGAAACCCAGCACAACCACCAUCUCAACAACAACAAAAUUCCAUGAGAAACCUAAAGAUCCUAGUAAAGAAAAUGUCAUAGAUGCCACAGGAACGAGUAAAAACACAGGGACAAUAAACAGUGCCUCAAGGACACUUAACUCCUCAAAAACACUGCUUCUAGCAUCAAUAGUUAUCUUUAUUCUGCUUCUACGAUAUCCCCCAGAUCUUCCUGCUGCUGUGAUUGGAUUGUCUCAUGAACAAUUACCAUUGGGCAUCAAACUUAUGACGAGUUUUAUAUGGGAUGUUAAAAACGGGCAGAUAAACGAUGUUCAGAAAUUUGUGGAAGAAAAGGGUGCUGAUGUAGUAAACAAAGAGGUGGAGGGCAGGUUCCCUCUACACUUUGCUGCAGACUAUGGACAGUCACAAGUUAUUGAAUACCUUGUCAGCAAAGGAGCCAAUAUUAAUCAAAAAGACAAACACAACAUAACUCCAUUGCUGGCAGCAGUAUGGGAGGGCCAUGUAUCCAGUGUAGAGACUUUACUUAAACUAGGUGCUGAUAAAACUGUUACAUCACCAGAUGGACAGUCUUUAAUAGAAUGUGCAGAAAAAGAGGAUGUGAAAGCAUUACUGAAGUAAACACAGCCACUAGAACAUAGAACCAUUGUGUAGCUGCAGGAUGUCUAAAACUGGAUAUCAUGGAUCAAACUAACUACAACAUUUUAUAGAUUUUUUUUUUUACUUUAUUAAACAUAUUUUACGGCAUAUGUUAUAUAUAUGUAAUAAUUGAUGAAUUACGGAUUAUAUUUCAAGAUGGAGUUUCUUUAUAAGCUCAGUGUAUUUUUUUUUUUACAGAAAAUUAAUGUUAUUGAUUUAUCUACCAACUUCAUUGAAACUGUUUUCUGUGUUUGUAUAAUUCUUUAUGUGCUUUGUGUUCAAGAAAAGAUAACGUACACACCUUAAAAAAAAAAUGAAUAAUUAAAAAUUGAUGUUAUCAAAGACUUCCUCUUUCAAGAUCCUUAUAAUUUAUCAGAUUUAUAUACAACUAUAUACAUGUACUAAAUCUUAAAAAAUAAAUGGAUGCUCACUAUAUCAAGACUGUUUCAUCUGUCUCUGAAAUUUAUUAUGUAUUGAUAUUGAAAUGCAGUAUUAUAUUUAGCUUACAUAAUUACAUGUAGCUAACAUUCUGGAAAUUUAUUUUGAAAAUCAGGUAAUCUCUCGGUUUUGGCAUAAGACCAGCAUGCUACACUUCUAUAGCCAUGGAAUGUGCUAUAUGCAUGUAUAUAUUGCUAUAAAAAGUCCCAAAAUGGACAUUUGUGUAUCUUUUCUUUUGACUUUUGUAUUGAAUUUGUUAAAAAGUGAAGGUACUUGAGUGCAAUAAAGAUUGGAAAGUGAUUUUUCUUCAGGUGGUGCCAUUACAAUAUCCAAUUUGAGUGACAUAUCAUUUACAGAUUAGAAUGUUUAUUAACAGGAAGUAACUAAGACUUCAAAAUAUUUUUUCUUUGUGUUUUAAAUCAAUUACAUGUAGUAAAAAAAUAUAAUUUGAUCAAAUUGCAAAGAAAAAAAUUGACAGAUAAAAUGUUAGAAGUACAUGAACAGUAUAUAUACAUAAAUGAAUGUGUCAAUGUUGAUGAAAAAGUAUGUUGGUGCACUAAUUCUUUUGUAUAUUCUGCUUGGUACACCAUGUAGGAACGUAGUGGAAAUCUUUGGAUUAGAACACAAACUGAAUUUCACACAUACUGCACCACUUUAUGAAGGCAUAUUCUUGAUGAAUGUGUGUUUAAUCACUUGCAUGCUAAUAAAAAAAUGAAACAAAAAUA